UCGAGAAAAAAAAAACAAUUUUCGUUGAGAGAAAGAAAAAAAAACCAAAAGAAACCAAAAAUUUUCUUCCGGUUUAUGGUUCAGAUUCAACCAAUCAAAUUUCUAUGCCGUCACGAGCAAUCCCAUCUCCGGCACCGGUGAAUCCGCCGUCGUCAGCUCACCAUGAGUCGACAACGCGCAUCUUUCCACCGCUUAUGGCCGCCGGCGUCGGCUUCUCCCUCUUCAUAACUCUCUCCGCCUGUUUCUGCAAAUUCAACCGCAAACGCCGAUCUUCCGCCGCCGUAGACUCUUCCUCUACGCCGCCUCAGAGACCACCGUUACAUGAGUUCUCAUACUCGUCUCUCCGCAAAGCCACCGCCUCUUUCUCGCCGGAAAACAAGCUAGGUCAAGGCGGAUUCGGUUCCGUGUACCGUGGAAACUUACCUAAAUCUGCCGGUGGUAAUGUAGCCGUCAAGGUAAUGGAUUCAGGCUCUCUUCAAGGGGAGCGAGAGUUUGAAAACGAGCUUUUCUUCGCCGGUAAGCUUGAUUCACCUCACGUGGUUUCCGUUAUCGGAUUCUCUCAAGACCCGAAACGAAGACGACGCCGUUUGAUCCUCGUCUACGAGCUAAUGGAAAACGGAAACCUCCAGGACGCGCUUCUCCACCGGAAACCACCGGAGCUCAUGGAGUGGAAUCGGCGGUUUCUCGUCGCGAUUGAUAUCGCGAAAGGCGUCGAGCAUCUUCACGGCUUGAAUCCGCCGGUGAUUCACGGCGAUUUGAAGCCGAGCAAUAUACUGUUGGAUCGGGUUUUCGCAGCUAAAAUCGCCGAUUUUGGGCUCGCGAGGUUGAAAUCAGAUCUAGUGAAAGUCACGGUAGCGUCGGAGAACGAUGAGAUUAGGUUUGAGAGUAAUGGUUCUGUAGUGGAAGAUGUAGAGAGUGUGGUGACUAACACGACUGGGUAUGAAGAAUCUAACUUUGGUUUCACUGAUCAGUCUCCGGUAAGUGUUUACAAGGCUCCUGGGUCUGUGGGUGCUUCGCCGGAGACGAUUCAGGUGCCUCUGACGUCGCCGGAGACGACGACAAGUGUCUCAAUUUCACCAGAGAUGGGGGAGAAAGGUAGUGUCUUUGAGGUGAAAAGAAACGGGAAAGAGAUGGAGAACAAGGAUUGGUGGUGGAAGCAAGAAGGCAAUGUUGGUAAAGGGAAAGUGAAGGAUUAUGUGAUGCAAUGGAUUGGCUCAGAGGUUAAGAAGGAGAGACAGAGUAGCGAUUGGAUUGCUGAAACCUCGGAAGCAGCUUCUUUGUCGAGCAAGAAGCUUGAGAAGAAGAAGAGUAGCAAGAGAUUGGAAUGGUGGCUUUCAUUAGAUGAAGAUAAGGAAGAGAAGAAGAAGAAGAAGAGGAUGGUUAGAGAGUGGUGGAAGGAUGAGUAUAGAAAAGAACUCGCUAAGAGAAUGAAGAAGAAGAAGAUAAAGAAGACAAGUUUGGAAUCAGAGUUUUACAGUGAUGAUUUGAGUCAAAGACGGUGUGGGGAUGAAGAACUGUACAUGAAGAAAAGAAGAGGUAGUAGCAGUAACAGCAUAAGUAGUAGCAUAGAUUGGUGGUUAGAUGGGCUAAGCGGUGAACAAUGGAGAGCACAGAGGAAAAACAGUCACGAUUCAGUCAAAAGCUGCGGAAUCCGUAGCACGCCGAGCAUGAGAGGGACGAUGUGCUACGUUGCGCCAGAGUGUUGUGGUAACGACAUAGACGAUGUGUCUGAGAAAUGCGAUGUGUAUAGCUACGGAGUUGUGUUGUUAGUACUGGUUUCAGGGAGGCGUCCUCUGGAAGUGACAGGACCCGCGUCUGAGAUCAUACAGCGUGCGAAUCUCAUGUCGUGGGCACGGAAGCUAGCAAGAAGAGGGAGGCUGGGUGAUCUUGUGGAUGAGAAGCUGCGGUUUUUGGACCAAGAACAAGCGGUUUUGUGCAUUAAGGUGGCUCUUCAGUGUCUGCAGAGAUCACCGGUCUUACGACCUUCAAUGAAAGAUGUUUUAGGGAUGCUUACAGGAGCAAUGAGCCCACCUGAGUUGCCUACAGAGUUUUCCCCGUCACCGCAGGCUCAGUUCCCGUUCAAAACACGAAGGAAACAGCGUCGAUAGAUCGGUUUUUUUAGAGUACUGCAGAUAUGUUGGUGUGUUAGUUGGUUUAGACUCUAGACUUUAGAGCAAUUUGUUUGAUAAUUUUGUUUCUGUUGCUUUCCACAAUUCCAUCUGAUUCUUAUUUAUUAAUUAAUGAAGGUAGUUUAAGUGAUCA